UUUGGGUACUGAAUCCGCUGAAACUGUAGUGACAGUGACUAGUGUAGUUAGUGGCAGCAGGCUAGUGAUGGAAGAACUUUGAUCCUUGAUUAACUCCGAAAUCACUCUCCAAACUAUUAUCGAAGUUGUCGAAUCAAAUACCAAGCAUCUCAAUGUUCCAGCAUUUUACGAUAUCAAUUUUAUAAAGAAAAAUGUUUAAUAAGCAACGUCUUCAACAUGCCUUACAUCGAUGACGGAUUCGAGGCUCUUUUAGAACCCUUCUAUAAUGGCAAAAAGUUGACCGAUCCUAUCUCCACUGUCGAUGACAAGAAUCAGUUACUUCCGGCCUUCUUGAAGGUCAAAGGUCUGGUGAAACAGCAUAUUGAUUCAUACAACUUCUUCGUCGAUCAUGAGAUAAAGGAAAUUGUCAAGGCCAACCGCACUCUUAGGAGUGAUGUCGACAGCAGUUUCUGGAUAGAGUUCAUCGAUAUCCGGGUUGCACCCCCGGAUCGUUCCGACUUUGGUGAUUACAGGGUCGAGAAUGAUAUCACGCCCAUGGAAUGUCGCUUACGAGACAUGACAUAUUCUGCCAAGAUUCUGGUCGACAUAGCAUAUAGUCGUGAGAAGCAGAAGAUCAUUCGCCGCAAUGUUGAGCUGGCUCGUAUGCCCGUCAUGCUCCGCAGUAACAAAUGCCGGCUGUACGGGGCAAAUAACGCUCAGAUGGAGCUCAUGAACGAAUGCCCACUAGACCCUGGCGGCUACUUCAUCAUCAAUGGAACCGAAAAGGUGAUUCUUGUCCAGGAGCAGCUGAGUAAAAACAGAGUCAUCGUUGAGGCAGACGAGAAGAACAGCAUUAUCAUGGCUUCCGUGACCAGUUCUACUCACGAGAGAAAGUCGAAAACAUAUGUGACUCUCAAGAAGGACCGCAUUACCCUUCAGCACAACAUCCUUGUUGAGGCCAUACCCAUCGUCAUUGUUCUGAAAGCUCUUGGCGGUCUCUCUGACCAUGAGAUCAUGAUGCUAGUUGCUGGGUCUGAUGGCCGAUUUCAAGAUGACUUCGCUGUGAAUUUCGAAGAAGCAACUAGGGUUGGAGUUUUUACCCAGCAACAAGCCUUAGACUAUAUUGGGGCGAGAGUCAAGAUGGGUGGUAGAGCAAAGCAGCCAGGGGGCGCGCCACAGGCUCGCCGUAGUACUAUUGAAGAAGGCCUCGACGCGCUAGCCAACCUCAUCAUCGCACAUAUUCCAGUCGAAGGCCUAGAUUUUUAUCCAAAGGCUAUCUACAUAGCCCUCAUGAUCCGCCGAGUAUUUAUGGCCUACUACAACCACAAACUCGUCGACGAUCGCGAUUUUGUGGGCAACAAAAGACUGGAAUUAGCUGGUCAGCUUCUCUCUCUACUCUUCGAGGAUUUGUUCAAGAAUUUCAUGACAGCCCUCAAAUGGAACAUCGAGAAUUCACUCAAAAAACAAAACCGGGCUAUUGCGGUGGACCCUCUGAUGCAAGUUGGUGCUCAGGGGAAGCACAUUACCGAAGGCAUGAACCGAGCUAUUCAGACCGGAAACUGGAGCGUGAAACGAUUCAAGAUGGACCGGGCUGGCGUGACACACGUUCUUAGCCGUCUCAGUUAUAUCAGCGCCCUUGGAAUGAUGACCCGCAUAAGCAGUCAGUUUGAGAAAACUAGGAAAGUCAGUGGUCCUCGUGCCCUACAGCCAUCCCAGUGGGGUAUGCUCUGCCCAUCUGAUACCCCCGAAGGUGAAGCAUGCGGGUUGAUCAAGAAUUUGGCUCUUAUGACCCAUAUUACCACCAACUUUGACGAAGAGCCUGUCAAGAGAUGGGCCUUUACACUUGACUCCGGAGUUGAACCGCUUCGUUGCUUCUCUGGUGCCGAGAUGCACAAACAGGGCACAUACAUUGUCUAUAUAAAUGGUACUCCCUUUGCUUUGUCUCGAUUUCCGAAGCGAUUCGUAGCCAAGUUUCGCACCAUGAGACGACGAGGGUGGAUAUCUCCUUUUAUUGGUAUCAAUAUCAACACACAUCUAUCAGCUGUGCAUAUAGCGACUGACGAAGGACGUAUCUGCCGACCAUAUAUCAUCGUAAAGAACGGCGAGGCCAAAAUCAAGGAUAACCAUUUGAGAUUACUGCAAGCUGGAAAGGUCACUUUCGACGAUUUCUUAAAGCAAGGCAUUGUUGAGUAUCUCGAUGUUAACGAAGAGAACGAUGCGUUAGUGGCCCUUUACGAAAAGGAUAUUACGAAAGCGACGACACAUCUCGAAAUUGAACCGUUCACGAUACUUGGUGCUGUAGCCGGCUUAAUCCCAUUCCCACAUCAUAACCAAUCCCCCAGAAAUACCUACCAAUGCGCUAUGGGUAAGCAAGCUAUAGGGGCGAUUGCUUAUAAUCAAUUCAACCGUAUCGACACACUCCUAUAUACUCUCGUCUAUCCCCAACGGCCAAUGGUAAUCACCAAGACCAUCGAACUCAUUCACUACGACAAAUUACCUGCGGGCCAGAAUGCAACUGUCGUCGUUAUGUCGUACUCAGGCUACGAUAUCGAGGAUGCCCUCGUUCUCAAUAAAGCAUCUUGUGACCGUGGGUUCGGACGAUGUCAAGUAUUCCGUAAGUACACUGCAGAUCUUCAGAAGUAUGCCAACGGGAGCCGCGAGAGAAUUGGCGACAGCGACCGUUCAGAAAUAAAGCACCGCGCACUAUCUAGUGACGGACUGGCCGAUGUAGGAUGUGUUGUCCAAAACGGUGAUGUUCUCAUAAAGAAAGAGAGUCCAGUAGACAUAAACCCGAUCGCCGGCAUUGGGAAGACUAUGGCCCAGGAGUUCCGCGAGACACCAUUGUCGUAUCGACUUGCAGAUCCCGCCUAUGUCGACAAAGUCAUGGUCACGCAAACUGAGAGGCAAACACACCUUAUCAAGGUCCAGACAAGGCAGACCAGGCGGCCUGAGCUAGGCGACAAAUUUUCUUCCAGACACGGUCAGAAAGGCGUUGUUGGAAUUAUCGUGGACCAAGAAGAUUUACCAUUUUCCGAUACAGGGCUCGUACCCGACAUCAUCAUGAACCCUCACGGUUUCCCCUCUCGUAUGACAGUCGGAAAGUUGCUUGAAUGCUUGACGGGAAAAGCUUCCAUCGUCCAGGGACGCAGGGACUACGGAUACGGCGAUGCCUUUAGGUCGCAUCCCCUUGAAGAGAUGAGUAGGGAAUUAGUCAAUGCCGGAUUCUCUUGGGAAGGAAAAGACUACUUUACUUCGGGAAUAACCGGGGAGCCCCUUCAAGCGUACAUCUUCAAUGGGCCAAUCUAUUACCAGCGACUCAAGCACAUGGUCCAGGACAAGAUGCAUUCGCGUUCGCGCGGCCCUCGGGCCAUUCUCACCCGCCAGCCCACAGAAGGUCGAUCUCGUGACGGUGGUCUCCGUCUCGGAGAAAUGGAACGGGAUUGUUUGAUCGCGUACGGCGCCUCGCAACUCCUUCUCGAGCGCCUCAUGAUCAGCUCGGACGCCUGCGAGAUAGAUAUCUGCGAACGGUGCGGCCUCUUCGGCUACAAGGGCUACUGCAGCACUUGCCGGAGCAGCCGAGAAGUCGCUCGCAUGACUAUGCCGUACGCUGCGAAGCUUCUCAUCCAGGAGCUGAUCAGCAUGAACGUUGGCGUGCGGCUGAAGUUGGAGGACGAGUUCCCCCAUCCACGAUAGUCGAAGUACGCGGAAUUGGCUAAGUACCUAUAUGAUAGUCGCAUGGGACGGCGUAUUUGUGUUUUUCAGAUGGAAAUAAAAUUGUACUCGCAUGUACAUAGGAUUGGGAUGGCAUAGCAUUGCUCUAGGUUACCUCAGGUAGUUGGGUCGAUUGGUAAAAUUCGUUCCAUGGUUGGUUGGGGUUUAAUAGAAAACCACUUCACUGCUUUACUCCCCUGGUGCAAUAUGUAGUCACCAGUAGCUCGCGACCACGAUAGAACGCAGUAGUUUAAUUUUCAAGUUCUUCUGAUAGAUAGAUGUGAU